AUGUUCUUCUUUGAAUUAGCUCUGCUUUAUAAUGUUUUCGUUUCUCUGUAUUUUGUCAUUUUCUCUAUGUCCGUCUUUUGCUCUUGUUUUUUCUUUACUCUCUUUUUUUCUUAUGUCAUUCUUUUUUUACAUACUUUUUGGUUUCUUCAAUUAUAUUUUUUUUCCGUUUGUAUUCUUUCUUUCUUUCCUUCAUUCUAUUCUUUAUCAUUUCUUUCUUUCGUUCUUUCUUUUUUCCUUCUUCCUAUUCUUUAUCAUUAUUUUCUUUCGUUCUUUCUUUUUUCCUUCUUUCUAUUCUUUAUCAUUCCUUUCUUUCUUUCUCUCAUUCUUUCCUUUUUCCUUCUUUCUAUUCUUUAUCAUUCCUUUCUUUCUUUCAUUCGUUCUUUCUUUUUUCCUUCUUUCUAUUCUUUAUCAUUCCUUUCUUUCGUUCUUUUUUCCUUCUAUCUAUUCUUUAUCAUUCCUUUCUUUCUUUCUUUCUGUGUAUUUUUUAUGUUUGUUUUACCUUUCAUUUCUAUUUCUUUUUCUAUAAAUUUUGUAUUUUCUUUUUCAUUCACUCUUUCUUUCAUUCAUUCAUUCUUUCUUUCUUUCUUUCUACCUAUCACGCUUUCUUUUUUCUUUCUUCAUUUUUUUAUUUCUUUCUUUCUUUUCAAUUUAUCACGUUCUUUGAAUGUUUGCACGUUUCUUUCUUUCAUUUUUUUUUUUUGA